GAGCAGCUGAACGUGAUCUGCUUCUGAGUACGUUUGCACGGUGGCGGCAGUGACGUACGAUCACUCGCACAACUGCGAACACGGUUCACCGACACCUAUAUAUAUUGUGUUGUAUACCUAUUUCACUCGGCAUCGACGGCAAUAUACUCCCAGGUGUUGAAAAUGUCCGUUUAUCCAAUACUGUUGCAUGCAGGGGCAUGCUUGUGGUAUGUUUUCUUUUGGAACAACUUUUUAGUCAAUGGCAAGGAUCAAAAAGAAAGUGAUUGGGAUCCUAGGUACCGAGACAUACAUGAGAUGGGAACUAGGUUUCUCACCAAUUGGAAUCUAUUUAUGCAGACGUUGUUCUUUGUUGGUUGUUUAUUUCAUGAUUUAAUGAAAUUAUUAAACGGUCCUGACUGGUUGAAAUUAGGUUCGAAAUUUCAAACUUUACUCUCAUUGAGUUUUUCGUCGGUAUUGCUGCCAACUGGAAUUUUCGUGAGUGUCACAUUUUGGGUAAUGUAUGCUUAUGAUCGUGAAAUUAUCUACCCAAAAAUAGUUGACAGUUAUAUACCUUAUUGGCAAAAUCAUGGAAUGCACACAACUAUUUUACCACUAAUAUUGACCGAAUUAUUUACUACCCGACAUAAGUUCCCUUCAGUCACAGCUUCAAUGGUGAUAUAUUUGGGAUUUGGAGUUUGUUACGGAGUCGUUUUUUUGGCAACAUAUGUGGAAAAAGGACGUUGGGUAUACCCCCUAUUCGGCCUAUUUAGUUUACCAAUUUCAUUGGCUAUUAUGAUUGUUUUAUUUUUAAAACUAAUGUCAUUUUUAUUUGUCGGUAUAUUCAUCCAAAACAUGUACUGGGGAAAAGAAGAAAAGAAGCGAUACCGAAAACCUUUUAAGAAAUCAUCCUAAUACAAAUUUAGUACAAAUGUCUAGUAUUGUUUCAAAUAAAUAUACUUUAAUU